AUGUCUUUAGACUCGAUAAAGACUGAUGGAUCCAUCUCCACUUUCCGGCACGAGCGCGAUCCCCGAAUCCAACACGCAAGAGCCCUCCGAGGAUUCAAACCUCAUAAUGUAUUUUUGCUCAAUUCCAUCCUCGCACUCUACUCCAAAUCCAAUCUCAACCACUAUUCCCUUCGGGUGUUUAACUCCAUCCCCCGCCGGAAUGUCGUCUCAUGGACAACGCUUAUCUCCGCCUUUUCCCACUCCGCCGUUUCCUUCCACCACUUCGUUUCCAUGGUCAGGGAAUCUACUCUUCCCAACAGUCGGACUUUCGCCACUCUGUUGACUACUUGUGCUUCCCUUCCUUCGUCGUUGCCCUUUGCCCUUCAGCUGCAUUCGCUUGCCCACAAGCUGUCUUGUAAUUCUGAUCCCUUCACGGGCUCGGCGCUCGUGUCGUUUUAUUGUAAGGUUGGGUCUACUGAUGAUGCUCGAAAGGCGUUUGAUGAAAUGGCUGACAGAGACAAAGCUAGUUACGGUUCGAUUGUCAAUGGGAUUGCGCGAAACGGCAACCCUUUUGUGGCUUUGAGCUAUUUUGGGAAGAUGAUAGGCGAUGGUGUUGGGUCCAGUUAUCAUAGCGUUUCUGGGGCUUUGAAGGCGGUUUCUGAGCUUGCUUUGCUUGAGCAAUGUAGAGUUAUCCAUGGGCAUGCUGUGGUUGCUGGAUGGGAUAUGAAUGUGGUUGUUGGUACUGCCUUGAUCAAUGCUUAUUGCAAGUGCGGUUUUGUGGAGGAUGCUCGUGGAGUUUUUGAUGAGUUAGAGACGAAACUGAAUGUCAUGGGAUGGAAUGCAAUGAUGGCAGGGUAUGCACAGCAGGGGUAUAAGGAUCAUGUGUUGGAACUGUUUGGUUUAAUGGAGGAAAGGGGUUUAGAGCCUGAUGAUUAUAGCUUUUUAGCUCUUCUGACUGCUCUUUCUAAUGCAGGUGCAGUUGAGCAAAAUCACAGUUGGAUUAGGAAAAUGAGGGUAGACUACAUGAGAGAUCCAGGAAUUGAGCAUUACACUUGUUUGAUUGCUUCAUUAGGGAGGGCUGGACAACUAGAGGAGGCGGAGAGAGUUGCUUCAACAAUGCCACUUAAGCCUGACGCCGCUGUAUGGCGAGUGUUGUUAUCUAGUUCUGCUUAUCAUGGCAACGUUGACAUGGCGCAGAAAAUGAGUCGAAAGUUAUCGGAGUUAGUCCCGGAUAGCGAUUCUGCUGAUGUGAUCUUGUUAAAUGCAUUUGCAAAUGCAGGGAGAUGGGACGACGUAAAGGACACUUUGGCAAGGAUGGAAGCGAGCAAUGUGAGAAGGCAUAGCGGAAAGAGCAGGAUUGAAGUGCAGGGUCAGGUUCACGAGUUUAUAUUUGGGGAUAGAAAACAUGAACGCAGUGGUGAGAUUUACAAGAAGUUAGCCGAGUUAAUGGAAGAAAUCGAGAAGCUAGGAUACGUGCCGGUCUGGGAUGAGAUGCUGCAUGAUGUAAAUCAAGCUCAGAAGAAGGGAGCUCUCUGGAGUCACAGUGAGAAGUUAGCUUUGGCUUUCGCAGUGCUUAGUGGUGCAGCAACGCCUCCGGGAAAGGUUGUAAGGAUUGUUAAGAAUUUGAGGACCUGUAGGGAUUGUCACCAGGCAUUCAAGUACUUCAGCAUAGUUCUAAAGAGGGAGAUAUUAGUCAGGGAUGUUAACAGAUACCACAAGUUUUCUAAUGGUAGUUGUAGUUGCGGAGAUUACUGGUGA